AUGGCUAGCCAAAUCUUUAACAGUCUAUGCUCACCAGAUAUAUCCAUUGCAUUGGCUUUAGCAUUCACGGCAGCAUCAAAUUAUUAUUUUCGAAGAGAGGAUGAGCUAUUAUCAGAGGUCAUAUGUUGGGCUUGUCUGCCUAAGAUCUUUAAGAUAUUCAAUCUCAACCACGGCCUUGAUGCCCCUCUGCCCACCAAGCACGAAACCCGAGCUCGCCGACCCAACUCCCUGUGGGUUGUGGCUGUAUGCCUCUCAAUCGUGUCCUUUUGUCGAUCAGAGGCAAGUUGCUUCAAGCUUGUACCAGUACUUACCCCUCUCCUUAUUCUAGCUAAGAAACGGCGGGAACAAAGAGCCUCCGGGUCAGAGGGCUCGGGUGGUAUUGACCGCUUGGCCAACAGUGGCUUGGUUGCAUCAGCGAUUGCUGCCUUCUCGGUUAUCACCCUUACAAACUGGGGGUACAGAGGACUCAUUCCUUCCGCUGUUAUGGCUGCUGCCUCGUUUGUUGUUUACUCCACGUUCCCUGGCGAUACUGAGCGGAGGUCUUUUCUGCAUUCUUUGCCUCCCUUUGGGAGUUUUAUCUCCUCCUUGGCACUAAGAGUCACCGGUAUACUUUCCAUCGGCAUUCUUUUAAGAGUCUCAAUAUUUGGUUUCCCAAGAGGCAAUGUUCAGAAUGCGUUACUUUUGGGGAUCCUGAAAGCUCUCUCCUGGCGAUUCAUUGCCCAGAGUGCUCGCCAUACGUCUUGGAAUCUUGCUGCAAUGAUAACAACAUUCUGUUUAUUAUCUUCUCAUGAUCCAUUCAAAUCGUUAACAAAUGGCGAGGCUCUUUCGUAUGUCACAGCGUCUUUGAUGUCGCUUGUACAGCUUAGUUUGUCUAUUCCCAGUCACAUCCGGCCAAAACGGGUCCUCUACAUUUCGAUACUCCUACCACUUACCCCAUAUCUGAUUAGUAGCCUGGCUAUACACAUUCAUCAACAAGAUGCUUGGGCUUUCGAUGAAGGAACCCCACACCCAGUGGAGGCUCUGUUCAACCAAUCGAAAAACGACUUUCAGCGUCUGUUGCAAAGACAAUCGUCAAGUUUCGGGAUGGCAUGCAAUGAGUAUAGACACAGAUAUGAGAUUGAGCCGCCGGCAGGGUUUCAAGACUGGUAUGAGAUGGCGAGUUCAUCCCAUUCACCUUUAAUCGACGACUUCGAUUCCAUGUACCAAUCGAUCUCACCUCUAUGGAACCUGAGCGGAAAGGAAAUCCUAGACACAAUGCAUCAAGCUCAAAACCGACCCGGGGCAGAUUUAUGGCUAUGCCAAUUCUUGGGCGCCACCUCGACAACGACAUGCACCCAUCCACAUCGCACGUUCGAUAGGCAUAUCUCGCGGUUAUUCAACACACUUCUGGCAAAUGUUACUAAGCUUCCCGAUGUCAGUUUUCUUGUUAAUCAUAUUGAUGAGCCAAGAGUUCUGUAUCAGGCUUCUCCGAAAACAUCUUCCGCCCAAGAUCAGAAGGUUACUAUUGAGAACCGCAGUAAAAGACCAACAUGGAAUCUUCUUACACAAAACUGUAACCAGUCAAGUUCGACGAUCGAUGAAUUAAAAGUGAUCGAGACUUUCGGUCUACCUUUCGUUACCAACAUUUCAUUAGCUCAGGACUUAUGUCAGCACCCAGAAUACAACGCAUCACAUGGCCUCGCACUUAGUCCUGUUUCAUUUCGCCCAAUCAAAGGCAUGAUCCCAAUAUUGUCAACUGGUACAUUGUCUACAAUGGGAGAUAUCCUGUUUCCCAGUCCCGCCUACACUGAGCCCGAAUUCUUAUAUGAUAAGUCGAAAGACAUGACAUGGGGGCAAAAGCGGGAUGGACUUUACUGGGCUGGGUCGACAACUGGAGGAUUUGCGCUUGAUUCUGAUUGGCAGCUCUUCCAUCGACAACGAUUCGUCGAAGUUGGACAGAAUCUAAGGAAAACAAACUACUAUCUACGGAAGAGGGAUGGGCUAAUUGAACGAGUGAGGUCAACUUUCCUAAAUGGCAGGCUUUUCGAUGUCGCUUUCACACGUGUGUUUCAAUGCGAAAAAAAGGCUUGUCGAGAUCAAGAUGCUUACUUCACCAUCAAAUCAUGGGCCGAUAAAGAUGAAGCACUUGGGUCAAAACUCGCCUUUGAUAUCGAUGGCAAUGGUAUCAGUGGACGAUAUUACAAGCUACUUGCCUCUUGGUCAGUACCUAUGAAGCAGACUCUUCUUCGGGAGUGGCAUGACGAUCGGCUUAUCCCAUGGGUGCACUACAUACCUAUAAGUCAGGCUAUGGAUGAGCUCCCAGAGCUGGUAUCCUAUCUCAUGGUGACACGAUCGGGUCAGAAAAUAGCCAAAGAAAUAGCGGAGAAUGGCCGGAAUUGGCAUGGUAGGGCAUUACGUGAGGUCGAUCUUGGUAUCUAUACUUAUAGAUUAUUACUGGAGAUGAUAAGGCUUCAGGAUCCUCUACGAGAUGCAAAUACUGUCCCGGCUUAA